AUGUCCUACUACAACGACGCGUCGUGGAACACGCCUGCUCCCGGCCGGCAGUCAUCGUGGGAGCAACCCCAACCACCCUCGCGAUCAGGUACCGGCCAAAUGGGAUUCAACGGUGCAGGUGCAGCGAUUCACAUGGAUAUAGGCACAAGCUCCACGGUCAACAGCGAGGUCGCCAAUGCCUUUGCCUCGCAGUUUGAGGAGGUCGACCGCGCCAUCGAGAACCUUGCCAAGAGCGGCAAGCCCUUCGGUCCCGGCUUCCCUCCUACACCCAUGGGUGCCAACCGCCGCGAGUCCAUGCCCAUGAUGGGAGGUGGCCCCCGCCCAUACCCCGACUUCGAGCAACAGCGCAUGGGCGGCCCCCAGCGCCACCACUCGGUCAGCGAGUACGACGGCUCCCGCUCCCACUCGGCGUCCAACGUCCAGGGCUUCUACCAGAACCAGCGCUAUGCGCCGCGACCCAACGACGCAGACCAGAUGGCACAGGCGAAGCGACGGAUGGCGGCUCAGCGUGAGCGUGAGCUGCGCAACUAUCACCAGGAGCAGCAAUACCACAGAAGCUCAGCCUCCAAGUCCGACCGCUCCAUGAGCCCCAAUGCCAUGAAUGAAGAGGAGCGCCGCGAACUCAUCGCCCGCCAGCACCGUGCUUUGUAUGGCGAGACCUCCACCCUGUACAACAGCAACCCGACCUCGAGCCAGGAUGUUCGCGUUCAGACGUCGCAAGCUGGUCGGGGUCCGUCUCCCCUCGCCUUUGAUCCCUUCGGCAUGCAGGCCCAGAACGUUUCCGGUGAGGGUUCCGUCCAGAUGCCUCCUCGCGACAAGGACGUUGCUGGUAAUGCUCAAGAUGCGCGUGCCAACAGCACCUCGUCACCUUCUGGUAGCCAGAACCCAGCAUUCAACCUUUUCGAUGCUCAGCAGGCGAACCGUACCUCCAACUCGUCGCCUGGAGGCUCUCCUCCUGUGCCUGGUCAGAAGUCCAACGGCUCUGGCGUUGCCCCCAUUGGCACUCGUCCCCAGAACCAGAACCUGCAGCAACCAGGUGGCGCCAUGGGCAAGCGCACAAACUCACCUCUGCCGUCGCCUCUCGGCUACAACUCGUACAACGCGAGCGAGCAGAACAACAUGUCUACGACAUCUGCGUCUAUGAACCCUUCGUCUACUGUCACUGACAAGGGCGUUGGUAUUUGGAACAACGGACCCUGGAGCAACACGCCCACACAGGGAGUGCAGGCCUCCAGAAUCGUGGCCUUUGAGGUUCGCCGAGCGACUAUCACCAGCUGCUUCCACGACAUCUCCCAUCACAACCCACUCCGUCUAUUCUCCACCGGUCACCGUCAACAACUCUUACCAUGGUUAGUACCGCCCUUUUUGAUAAUGAAGGAAGCCAUUGGACGCAUGAAGACACCUGGCUCGCGACACGAAGCAUGCGACAGGAGAGCAGCAUCUGCCCCACGCGCUACCUCCCCCUCCAACACGGCCUCCUCAGGCUCGACAACCGCGCGUCCUGCGUCGCCAAAGCCCCCGGGUGGCCCUGCGACUGUUAUGCGAAGGAAGGCUGCUGCUGACCGCGCCGAGAAGACCGCAAACCUGCGUCCAAGCAGCACAAGGGCGGCUGGUGCCGGUGGUAGCUCAAGCACCAUGCUGAGGCUAUACACUGAUGAGUCUCCCGGUCUGAAGGUCGACCCUGUUGUGGUCAUGACCCUGUCCGUUGUCUUCAUCUUCAGCGUCGUCGCUCUGCACGUCAUCGCCAAGGUCAUGCGCCGAUUCUCCGCAUAG